AUGGCGGACUUCCUCAAGAACGUCCUUGGGGGCGGCAAGUCUGCCGAGACGCCGGCCGUCAAGCCCGACUCAGACUUUGAGGACUUUGCUGCCAGCCCAGCGUCGCCCUCCCCCGUGCCGUUCGAGGCCACCGGCAACCUCGCCGCCGCGCAGACCGCCCGCCCGUACACCGCGUGGUACCGCAUCGACGAGCGCCACAGCCUGAGCGAGUUCCGCAACGAGGGGCUGAUCCUCGUCGUCAUCGCCAUCAUCUUCAGCCUCCACGUCAUCGGCUCGCGGCGCAACAAGUCCAAGGCCCGUGCCUGGGCCAAGGCCAAUGGCGCCCUCCUCGCGGGCGAGUUCUCCCAGGUCGGCUUCGUCUCGGGCAUUGACGCCGAGAAGCAGCCCGAGAAGGUCCUCAAGCAGAAGAGCCUGUAUGAGUACACGAGCUACGCCACCGGCCGCUCCAACAUUGCCUUUGUCGACGUCAAGCUCGAGCUCAUCAAGCGCUUCAACCCCAUCAUGACCAUUGCCGAGACCAUCUCGGGCUUCUUCCUCGACAGCGUGCCCACCCCGCUGGACAUCGUCGAGGCCACCAUCUACCCCUUUGAUGGCAGAGAAGACAAAGUCGUCCCCGGCAUCCCAGGCGCCAUGGAGCUGCGCAGCAAGGACUCCAAGAGCGCCUACGACGGCUUCGUCUGGGCCGUCGUCAACAAGGACAAGAUGCAGAAGCUCCGCGACGACCGCUACGACGUCUCCAUCACCUUCACCAAGGACAAUGCCAAGCUGCCCCAGUGGACCACCGUCAUGAGCGAGAGCGCCGAGAUCACCGCCGCCCUGCUCACCGACGAGCUCGCCGCCGCCGUCACCCAGGCCGGCGAACUCUUUGACUGCUUGAUUGUGUCUGACCAGCCCAUUGAGAAGCCCAGAACCAUUGAGGAGACCGCCCCUCGCAAGAGACUCUACCUCCGCUACCGCCUGCCUUCGUCCGACAAGUACGACGACCUGCUCCCGCUGCUGACCUGCUUCGUCCGCCUGGCCGACCACCUCGCCGCAGUCGCCCACUUCCGCCCGGAGGUGCUGCGCAAGAUCAAGUCGAUCCGCGACGAGAACGUCAAGCAGAUCCAGAAGGUUCUGGACGAGGAGAAGGCCGAGGAGCGCGCCCUCGAGCGCGACAAGGCCAAGAAGGCCAAGCGCGACGCCGAGCUCGCGGCCCUCGACGCCAAGGCCCAGAAGAAGUACCUCGAGAAGGAGCGCGAGAAGGAGGUCCGCAAGAUGAACAAGAGACAGACCAUGCGCGGCUGA